ACACAUGUUAUGUUAAUCAACAUUUUUUUCUGUAGCACAUCCCGUGAGUUACGUACGUGUAUGUAUGACAAUUGACAAUAGGAUGAGCAUCUGAAUGAAUCCAUUUGGGUUGGAAAACUAAGAAAGGAAACAUCUCUCAGCAUCAAAUUCAACGGAUAAGAUCAUAUUCAUAUAACAGUAUCAUUAUUAUUAUGAUCAUAUGUGUUUAACCUUACACUUGUUAUUAAUGAUUCCUUUUCCUAUAUAAACCCACUAACUACUACUCUACUACUAUCAUCAUAAUCCAUUACCAUUUCUCAAGAAACUAAUAAAUAGCAUUCUUUCACCAAUUUUGUUCUCUCAACAAAAAGAAAGGAGAGGAAAAAAAUAGUAUUCAACAUCAUGCAUGUUGCACAUCUUUUGUUUGGCAUAUUUGGGAAUGCUUCUGCUUUGUUCCUCUUCUUGGCACCUGUGAUUACAUUCAAGAGGAUUAUAGUCAACAAAUCCACAGAGAAAUUUUCAGGCUUACCAUAUGUUAUGACUCUGCUCAAUUGUCUCCUUUCUGCUUGGUACGGUCUGCCUUUUGUGUCUCCCAACAACAUACCGGUAACAACAGUAAAUGGCACCGGAGCAGGGAUUGAAAUCAUAUAUGUUUUGAUAUUCAUCAUAUUUGCACCUAAGAAGGAAAAAAUCAAAAUCUUUGCCCUAUUCACCUUGGUACUGUCUGUGUUCUCUGCUGUUGUUUUUGUCUCCCUCUUUGCCUUCCAUGGCAAUCAUAGGAAGGCCUUCUGCGGCUUUGCCAUGGCUAUAUUUUCCGUCAUCAUGUAUGGUUCUCCACUCUCAAUUAUGAGAUUAGUGAUCAAAACCAAGAGUGUGGAGUUCAUGCCAUUCUUCUUGUCGCUGUUUGUGUUUCUUUGCGGCAGUUCAUGGUUUAUAUUCGGUCUGCUAGGCCGUGACCUAUUUGUUGCUGUACCUAAUGGUCUUGGUUCUGUUUUGGGGACAAUGCAACUAAUAUUGUAUUUCAUAUACCGUGACAACAAAGGUAGUCCAAAACAGCAGGAACCAACAGAAGGGGAAUCAAUGGAGAUGGGUAAUGGAAAAAACCAUCAAAUGAAACAGUCUUAUGAAAAUGAAAUUCAAGGAUGACAUGUCAAGAACAAUUUGUGUUUUGUCACCUACAUAAUUUGCAACUGAAAGCAAGAACCACUCUGAUUUAUUGUUCUGCUCUUAUUUUAAUUUCAUGAGUUUAUUUAUGUUAAGUGACCUUUUCCUUGUCUAUAUCUAUAUAUCCUAAUAAGAAAAUCCAUGUCCCUUGAAUUUACCAUUUUGCUCCUAUAAGGGACAAUUCGGUAAUCUACUAA